UCUGGAAAGGAAGGGCUGGGGAAGGGAAGAAAAAAAAUCACAGGUUUUCUUCUCAAUCUCAUCACACUCUCAAAUUCUUACUCCAACUGAAUCCAACAAGGGUCAUCUUCCAUAGGCCUGGCACUUGCCAUUUGUUUAUUUUUUUACCAGCCCCUUUCCUCCCAGAGAAACAGAAGGAUCUGCCUCCACUCUUUCUGUCUGAAUUCAACUCAAGUGGAAACAACCAUGCAGUUACAGGGUAGAACUGGACCUAUACUGCAUGGUGAGAGAAAUUCAUAUACCUACCCAGAAAGCUGCAGCCUUUUUAGACAUGAGGAAGUGCCCUUUGUGCAUGCACGUACUAUUCAAAGAUGGACAGUCCCACCGCACUGCAAUAAGGAAGUUUCCUGCUCAUUACAGAACUUUGGAGUCAGGAGCAACUACAUAGCAGGAGAGAGAUGCUGUUUGAUCUUGGUAAAAGUGACAGCUCAAGUUCUGCUAUGCUUAGUCUUUCGCCACACAUUCAGUGCCCACGUCCCCUGCCAGGAACCUUCAGAUGCAGAGCUAGAAUCCAUACUGAACCCCUAUCUUGCUUCUGGUGCUAGCUUAUUGGCUCAAACAGAUGAGGUUUUGCCUGAUGAGGAACUGAAGGCAUGCCCUGUAAAUGUCAACCAGACCUCUUCCCGUCUCCAGGACAAGAGUACCUCACCCUGGUCAUACAGAGUGAGCGAAGACCCCAACCGAUACCCUCAGAAGAUAGUGGAAGCCUACUGCCUGUGUGAGGGCUGCCUGGUAAAUGGCCAGGAAGACAAGGCUGUGAAUAGUGAACCCUUUUACCUGGAGGUGCCAGUGCUGCAGAAAUCCAACCAGUGUAAAAGGGGGCAGUAUGUUUACCAGCCCAACCAUCUGCAGGUUGCUCAGUUUUGUUUUUGCAGUUUUCCCUGACAUGCCAGAGCUGCAAAGUACUUUCACCUCUGCCCAUCACCCUGCAGCCAACCUCACUGCUGCUGCCAACAUAGCACUGCCAUUGUCACUCAUCAUCAGAAUGAGCUGAUGAAAAGCUGGAGGAGCCAAUGCCAUGCUGAAACAUCAAUCAGUAGGCUCUCUAAUACCGUCCCUGAAUAACGCCAGAGGGAGCACUACCUAGAGACACAUCUACAGACCAGCACACAGCCUCACAGCCUUUGCUAACACCACCCAUGUUCUCUGGGAUAUUUACAAUGACAGGCCUUACUGCAAAUGUGGUUUCCUUGUGACCUGUCUUUCCAUGGGGAUGUAGGCCAAAGACAAGUGUGACUGGCUCCUUCUCAGCUUCACUUGAUGCUAAGGCAGAUGUGAUCUACAGUCCAUAGAGUUCUCCCUACAAAGUACAGUUUGUAGUUAACCCAUUUUAAUGCAGCCUGAGACAGCUCUUAAGAUGGCAGCUGCUGAUUUGCAGUUAGACUCUAAGCCUGGAACUUGGAAAUGGUUCAUUAAUAACAGUAAGAUGAAACCAAAAAGUCCUUUCUCGAUGCCACUUAAAAGCAUCUGCACAGUUAGAUUUUUUUUUUAAAUAAGCCUAUGCUAUUUUACAGCAGUCAGUGCAAGCCUGCAGCAUGCCUCCUGAAACCAACAUGUUUGGCACCAGUGCUGUAGAUGUAAAACACUGGAGUAGUUCUUUCAGUAGUGGAAGAAAUAGCUUCACUUCUGCACUGUUCACUGGAGGCCUCCAGGAGAGGGAAGUAUGGCUUAAAACAGACCUCAGAUUUCUUCUGGGACAAAGCAUUUUAUUCUGGGAUUCCACUGACCAACAGGCCCAUUGUCUCACUUUAGGAGCCUGUGAUUUACUGAAAUAACCCCUCUCCCCUCAACAACUGGGGCUAAUUCAAGUUAAUGGAAGUUCACAUUGCAUGUGUAAAUGACUGUCCUAUGCCUGUAUUGAUGCGAGUCAAACCAUGGGACAACAGAUAAACCUGACACCUGUUUUUAGCCUAUGCUCCUUUCCCAUGUGGACUUGCUUCCUCUCCUCCCCCACCAGGUUGUUGCUGAAAUGGGCUGUGAGGGAAACCAGGAAUGACCUUGAUCCUCACUACUAAUAAAUGAAU